GCUUGUCUCCUUCCCGCUGUGUUGUCUGAGGAGAGAGCUUCAGUCCCCAUCAUCAUCCAUCCAGGAGGCUGGACUUUAUUCCCUGGGAAUACGUCCUCUCAGAGUUCCCAUAGUCACUUGCACCACAUGAAACCAGGCAAUGGUACACAAAUUUCAGGAUUCCUUCUCCUGGGACUCUCAGAGGAACCAGAACUGCAGCCCCUCCUGUUUGGGCUGUUCCUCUCCAUGUACCUGGUCACUGUGCUGGGAAACCUGCUCAUCAUCCUGGCCGUCAGCUCAGACUCCCGCCUUCACACGCCCAUGUACUUCUUCCUCUGCAACCUGUCCUUGGCUGACAUCUGCUUCACCUCCACCACUGUCCCGAAGAUGCUGGUGAACAUCCAGACACAGAGCAAAGCCAUCACCUAUGCAGGCUGCAUCACCCAGAUGUAUUUUUAUAUACAUUUUGCAGCGUUGGAUGACUUCAUCCUUACUGUCAUGGCAUAUGACAGGCAUGUGGCCAUCUGUCACCCCCUUCACUACAUAGUCAUCAUGAACCCUCGGUUCUGUGGACGACUAGUUCUUGUGUCCUGGAUCAUGAGUGUCCUGAAUUCCCUGAUAGAAAGCUUGAUGGUAUUAGAUCUUCCCUUCUGCUCAGACUUGGAAAUCCCCCACUUUUUCUGUGAACUGAAACAGGUGGUCCAACUCGCCUGUUCUGACACGUUUCUUAAUGACAUGGUGAUGUAUUUUUCAGCUGGGCUGCUGGGUGGUUGUCCCCUGGCUGGGAUCCUUUACUCUUACUCUAAGAUAGUGUCCUCCAUAUGUGCAAUCUCAUCAGCUCAGGGGAAGUACAAAGCCUUUUCCACCUGUGCAUCUCACCUCUCCGUUGUCUCCUUAUUUUACGGUACGAGCCUAGGCGUGUACCUCAGCUCUGCCAGUACACACAGCUCACAGUCAAGUGCAACAGCCUCAGUGAUGUACACCGUGGUCACACCCAUGCUGAACCCCUUCAUUUACAGCCUCAGGAACAGAGACAUAAAGGGGGCCCUGGAAAGAUUCCUUGGCAGGUAG